AAUCGGGAACAACCCAGGUUUACGGGCAGAAUGAACCAUUUAAACGCCCAGUAAAUCAGCUUGUCUGUUGGAAAAACGGUAUGUCUUCUGUCGGCGUCAAUGGACGUGAUUCAUGAACAGCAUAACUCUAUUAGCAACUACUAGGUACGGCGAGCUCGACUCAAACGCGUUGCCAGUUCACCUAUGAUGGAACGGGCGAUGGAGCAGCUUAAUGUACAGCUCAGCCGUCUGACCCGCUCCCUCCGCCGGGCCAGAACCGUGGAACUUCCAGAGGACAAUGAGACGGCAGUCUACACACUCAUGCCUAUGGUCAUGGCCGACCAGCACAGGUCUGUGUCAGAGUUACUCCUCAACUCCAAAUUUGAUGUGAACUACGCCUUUGGACGAGUAAAGAGAAGCUUGCUACACAUUGCUGCCAACUGUGGGUCAGUGGAGUGUCUGGUUCUGCUGCUGAAGAGAGGAGCCAAUCCAAACUAUCAGGACAUCUCUGGCUGCACCCCUCUGCACCUAGCUGCUAGGAAUGGACAGAAGAAGUGCAUGGGCAAAUUAUUGGAAUAUAAUGCUGAUGUCAAUAUCUGCAACAAUGAGGGCCUGACUGCUAUCCACUGGUUGGCAGUUAAUGGCAGAACAGAGCUUCUGCAUGAUCUGGUCCAGCAUGUGUCUAAUGUGGAUGUGGAGGAUGCCAUGGGACAAACUGCGUUACAUGUAGCGUGUCAGAAUGGACACAAAACAACGGUGUUGUGUCUUCUGGACAGUGGAGCUGACAUCAACCGACCGAAUGUCUCUGGAGCCACACCUCUGUACUUUGCUUGCAGCCAUGGACAGAGAGACACUGCACAGAUCCUGCUCUCUCGUGGUGCCAAAUACCUUGCUGACAAAAAUGGAAUCACUCCAUUGGAUCUCUGUGUGCAGGGUGGAUAUGGGGAGACCUGUGAGAUUCUCAUUCAGCACCAUGCUAGAUUGUUCCAGAUGUUAAUCCAGAUGACACAGAAUGAGGAUGUUAAAGAGAAUAUGCUCAGGCAGGUUUUGGAGCACGUGUCUCAGCAGAGUGACAGUCACUAUCAAAAGGUUUUGACCAGUCUUGCAGAAGUGGCGACCACUAAUGGACACAAACUUCUCAGUCUGUCCAGUAGUUAUGAAGCUCAGAUGAAAAGCCUUCUGAGAAUAGUUCGUAUUUUCUGCCAUGUGUUCCGCCUCGGCCCUUCUUCUCCCAACAAUGGUAACGAUUUGGGCUACAAUGGGAACAAGACGCCUCGGAGCCAGGUCUUUAAGCCAUUGGAGCUGCUAUGGCAUUCUCUUGAUGAGUGGCUGAUGCUCAUCUCCACAGAGCUGGAAAGAUCCACGACGAACCCAUAUUCGUCCUCUUCCAGCAGUGAGAUAGCGUCCCUCCUGCUCAAGCAGCGGGAGUCAGACCCCUCCAGGACCACGCUCUCCUUGCUGGAAGGAGAAGCGUAUGUUGAUGGGGAGGAUGUGAUCUCCAUGACAGCCAACCGGCUCAGUGCGGUUAUUCAGGCCUUCUACAUGAGCUGCUCGUGUCAGAUGCCACAGGGAAUGACCUCCCCACGCUUUAUAGAGUUUGUCUGCAAGCAUGACGAGGUGCUGAAAUGUUUUGUAACUAGGAAUCCAAAAAUCAUCUUUAACCAUUUCCAUUUUCUGCUUGAGUGUCCAGAGUUGAUGUCACGUUUUAUGCACAUUAUUAAGAACCAGCCUUUUAAGGAUCGCUGUGAGUGGUUCUAUGAGCAUCUGCUGGCUGGCCAGCCAGACUCAGACAUGGUCCAUCGUCCUGUUAAUGAAAGCGACAUUCUUCUCAUCCACAGAGACUCCAUAUUCAGGAGCAGCUGUGAGAUGGUUUCCAAGUCCACUAAUGAGAAGCUCAAACAGGGUAUAGCUGUCCGCUUUCAUGGGGAGGAAGGCAUGGGCCAGGGUGUGGUUCGCGAGUGGUUUGAUAUCCUGUCUAAUGAAAUCAUCAACCCUGACUACGCUCUGUUCACCCAGUCUGCUGAUGGUACAACCUUCCAGCCCAACAGCAACUCCUCGGUGAAUCCAGACCAUCUGAACUACUUCCAGUUUGCGGGUCAGAUUUUGGGUCUGGCUCUCUAUCACCGGCAGCUGGUCAACAUCUACUUCACCCGCUCAUUCUACAAACACAUACUGGGUAUUCCAGUAAAUUAUCAGGAUGUGUCAUCUAUUGAUCCAGAGUAUGCUAAAAAUCUGCAGUGGAUCUUGGAUAAUGACAUCAGUGACCUGGGUCUGGAGCUGACCUUUUCUGUGGAGACAGAUGUGUUUGGAGCCAUGGAGGAAGUGCCACUCAAACCUGGAGGGAGCAGCAUCCUUGUCACUCAACUCAACAAGGCGGAGUACGUCCAGCUGGUGACGGAGCUGAGGAUGACACGAGCCAUCCAGCCUCAGAUAAACGCCUUCUUGCAAGGAUUCCACACCUUCAUCCCCCCGUCGCUUAUCCAGCUUUUUGACGAAUAUGAAUUGGAGCUCCUGCUAUCAGGGAUGCCAGAGAUGGAUGUGGAGGAUUGGUGCAGAAACACUGAGUACACCAGCGGCUAUGACCCUGAAGAUCCUGUAAUCCAGUUCCAGGGUUCCUCAUGGUGGCUUUGCCUUUCUCAUGGGUGGCAGUGGUUUGCAGAAGUUCACCAUUGCUGCAGUGCCAUAUACCUCCAACUUGCUGCCUACUUCCAGCACCUGCAUCAACAUGCUGAAACUGCCAGAGUAUCCGAACCAGGAGGUUCUCCAAGACCGACUGCUGGUAGCUCUGCACUGUGGGAGCUAUGGAUACACCAUGGCCUGAACACUGUUGCUGUCAGGGCCUCCAGUUCUGCACAGUUGCUAAUCUCAAACUGAAAUAGAGGUGGUUGUUUUCAUCAUCAAUAAUAUUAUUAUUUUUUUAUAUAAUACGAGAAAAAACUGUUGAACCUCUGCACACUGAUUCUGCAUACUUUCAGUUGUUUGAGGUAUUGCAUCAGCAAAACGGUAAUUCAUGUAAAUAUUUCAUCAUAUAAUUUACUGGUCAAUCAAUGCUGUUUACAUUUAAAGACUUUCUGCAUACACUACCAUUUUUGAUUCCUCCAAAAUGGUAGAAAUCAAUGGAAUGCUGAACAUUCCAUAUCAGAGGAGUAUGAGGAGCUUUCUCAUGUUCCAGCAGCUGAUCAGUUUUAUGUGCAAUCAUUUUAUAAUUAUAUAUAUAUAAAACAUCUGUAAGUUUUUGCACUGUGGUGUUAUACUCUACUGUGGGCUCAAUGUAAAGAUGUUUGCAGGCAGAAGCAAACCACCACAAACUCCAUGGAACUAUUUCCUACCUGAAAAAGUCAGGCACUAUACGACCAACUGGCACCAAAACCUCACGGAAAAGCUAAUAAUGUCAUGUUCCUGAUGUCAGUAUUUCCAACUCAUCUUUAUUUAUUGGUUUGCUUCUAAUAAAACCCUCGUAUUGAUAUGCUCAUCACUGAUCUUGAGUUCAGCUCCCAUGUCAAGUGUUUGAAGAAAUGAAAAGCUUGUCAUGGAGGAUGAGAUCUGUUAGAGGAAAUCAAAAUGAUACUGAACAUUCUAGUUGUUCCACACAAAGAAAUUAAAUGCUUUUUUUUAACCGUAUAACUGGCUGCGCUCUCCCACAGGAGGAUUACUGGGACAUUUUCAUUCAGCUGCGUCUGUGGAGAAUUAAACCGUUUCAGUCAUUCUCCCAACAGCAAUUUAAAAACCCAAUACCACCUAUAAAAUCACAUCAGCACCGACUGCUCUGAUCAAACUCCAUGUCUACAAUAAAAUUUGAAAUGCCCACAAACAUCCACCCAUAAGCAUAGAGUCAUGUCAAGUUCUUGGUUUAUCUCUGGUUGAAAAUCUUGUGGCUGUUUUAAGGAUUUCAUUCCCUGUGCUGGAGAAGAACUGAACUGACCCGUGUUGUUGAGUUCAAAGUGUUUUCCAUUUGUUGUCAGAGCUGCUGGACCUCUCCUAUCAUGUCAUGCGAUUGACUGUACAGACUCGGACUGCAUUAGAUGUUUUGCUAUUGCCUUUGUCUGAAAUGAAGACCAAUAUUCUAAGUAAAAGUCUUUUGUUUGUACUUGCCCAAACAUUUGGCUUGCAGUGCCAAACAGUGAAACCUCUUCCAUCUCUGCUUUUGUUGUUAUUGGUGCAAAAUCCUCUUAAAUGUGGAGAGGAUGUUGUGAAUAUGACACAUCCUUGUUUUCUCUCUAAAGGGAAUUAAGACAUCUAUUAAUAUACCGGUUCAUGUGUUAGUGUUGUUUUCAGUUCUUGCCUGAAAUGUUAAUAGAAACUGAGGAUAUUGUAAAAGGGGUCUUUAUAAAUAUUGUACUGUACAUUUCUUCAGCAGAAAAUUAUGUAUUUUACUUUGAAAUACUUGUAAUUAGAUUUUCUGAAAUAAAGGAAAUGAUUUGGCAACAA